GAAAAAAGAAAAGUAAUAAAGGAAGCACCGUCAAUACACAGCAUAGAAGGGAGGAAAAAAAAUCGCCAAUAAAUCGAGUCUCAAUUUCUCAACACUCUCUCCGAAUAUUUUCCUCCAAUGGCCUCCGCCGCCGCCGUCAGAUCUGAAUCUGAAUCUGAAUCAGAAUCAAAAUCGGCGAAAAUCGCAUUGAUCACCGGCAUCACCGGGCAGGACGGCUCCUACCUAACCGAAUUUCUCCUCCAAAAGGGAUACGAGGUGCACGGGCUGAUCCGUCGCUCCUCCAACUUCAACACCCAGCGGAUCAACCACAUCUACAUCGACCCUCACAACGCCCACAAGGCCCGCAUGAAGCUCCACUACGCCGACCUCACCGACGCCUCCUCCCUCCGCCGCUGGCUCGACACCAUCCUCCCCGACGAGGUUUACAACCUCGCCGCCCAGUCCCACGUCGCCGUCUCCUUCGAGAUCCCCGACUACACCGCCGACGUCGUCGCCACCGGCGCCCUCCGCCUCCUCGAGGCCGUCCGCUCCCACAUCGCCUCCUCCGGCCGCUCCCACAUCCGCUACUACCAGGCCGGCUCCUCCGAGAUGUUCGGAUCCACUCCUCCGCCGCAGUCCGAAAACACCCCCUUCCACCCCCGCUCCCCCUACGCCGCCGCCAAAUGCGCCGCCCAUUGGUACACCGUCAACUACCGCGAGGCCUACGGAAUAUUCGCCUGCAACGGAAUCCUCUUCAAUCACGAAUCCCCGCGCCGCGGCGAGAAUUUCGUGACCCGGAAAAUAACCCGCGCUGUAGGGCGGAUCAAAAUCGGCCUACAGAGCAAGCUGUUCCUCGGGAACCUCCAGGCCUCCCGCGAUUGGGGGUUCGCGGGAGACUAUGUGGAGGCAAUGUGGCUGAUGCUCCAGCAGGAGAAGCCGGAUGACUACGUUGUUGCCACUGAGGAGUCCCACACGGUGGAGGAGUUCCUGGCUGUGGCGUUCGGGUCGGCGGGGCUCGACUGGAAGGACCACGUUGUGAUCGACAAGCGGUACUUCCGGCCGACCGAGGUGGACAACCUUAAGGGCGAUGCGAGCAAGGCGAAGAAGGUGCUUGGGUGGAAGCCUAAGGUGGGGUUUGAGCAGCUUGUGAAGAUGAUGGUGGAUGAAGAUAUUGAGCUUGCUAAGAGGGAAAAGGUGCUUGUUGAUGCAGGAUACUUGGAUGCUCAGCAACAGCCUUGAUAUAAUAUGAUUGAUGAAUGAUGCAUUGCUCUUUUAUUUUCUUGAUUUCUUAAGGUUUUGAUGUCAUUUUUGUUUCAAUUUUAAGCAUUUUGCCUUAAUCUUUGAGUUAAAUUGGUUGGUUGUUAGUGUUAAAUUAUGAUGAGUGUCGGCAUGAUUCAGACAUUAUAAACUCCUACUACUACUACUA